UAACCCAGCCUUCUCGAGUCAGGUCCCAUGAUCCCAUCCGUCCAUCCCGCACCCGCGCAACCCAGCGCCGACGCCGUGAGCUCGGGCUGCGUGGAUCGCACAACUGUAGCGUCGCGGUCGUUGCGACUGAACGGGGAUUACGGGGAGUUCGGGGAGCGCGGGUAGCGCGAGGAGUGCGGGGAGCGCGCAUGGAGGAGUGCGGCAAGUGCGGGGAGCGCGCGGUGGAUUACGACGAGCAGGCGCUGGCGCUGGUGUGCGCACGAUGCGGCCACGUGGCGGACGACGCGCAGCUCACGUCGCGCGUCGAGUUCGACGAGUCGGGGCGCGCGGGCGGCCGCGAGUGGGAGGAGCGGCUGGGCGCGGUGGUGGCGGGGCUGCGGGUGCCGGAGGGGGUGCGGGGGGAGGCAGUGGAGGUGGCGGAGCGGGUGCUAGAGGGGCGGUGGGGCGGCGGGCAGUGGAUGGGCGUGCUCAUGGCGGCCGCCGUGUACAUCGCCGCGCGCAACAGACGCCUACCUGUUUCCAUGGCGGAGGUGGCGCACGCCACGGACUGCCAGCUGGCAUCGGUGUGGGCCAUGUUUAAGCGCUUGCUGGCUUAUUUUCCAAUGCUGCAGCCUGAGCAUGUGGAUCCAAUCAGCCAUGUGUGGAGGGGAGUGCAUGCCAUGCCAUCCCUGGCGGGGUGGCAGGGCGAGGGUGGCAAGCAGGCGCUGGUGAGGGACGCCAUGAGGCUGCUGGCGUUCGCCCACUCGCACUCGCUGCACACCGGCCGCCAUGCCGCCCCGAUGGCAGCGGCGGCACUGCUGCUGGUGGCGGCAGCGAGGGGGGUGGUACUGGGGGAGGCGCAGCUGUGCGCGGCCAUGGCGGUGCCCCCGGCCACGGUGCGGCGGCGCUUCUCAGAGCUGGUCCCGGCGCUCUCGCGCCUCGCGCGCUCGCUGCACCUCCCCGCUGCGGCGCACGCCACCUCGCAGGAAGCUUUCCAGCGCCUGCUGCCGUCCAUCCUUGCACUUCUGCCGUCCCCGGCUCGAGUAGGUCACCGCUUUGUGAUGCCAUCUGCAGGAGACCACAGUGCUGACGUGGACAGAAAUGCUGACGUGGACAAAAAUGCUGGCUUGGACAGAAGUGGUGACGUGGGCAGACGUGCUACCGUGGAAGAUAAAGCUGCUGAGGGGCCUGCCCCAGGCUGUGUGCUUCAGUCGUCUUUCGCUGGAGGUGAAAGAGCAGGGCGAGGAAACGGGGCAGCACAGGCAGGGGCAGUUCGUGAUGAGGAAAGCAAUGAGGGAAAGGGAGGGGGGGGGAGGGAGGGAGGUGAGGAGGCGCGAGGAGCAGAGGGGUUAGACAGAAGAGAGGGAGGAGACGGAUGCAGAGGAGGGGAGGAUGGGGCCGCAUUGGAGCCAAGAGAGGGGCAUGCGGUGUGCGCCAAUCAGCUGCUGCCACCUGCGUUUGAAGACAGCGUGAAGGCCCAUCAACGGCGUGCCGGCCACAUCAGCCGGGCACAGCAGCGCCUGCAGCAGACGAAGCGCGACAGAUGGGGGCGGGCAGGGAGAAGAGGAGCUGCGGCGUGCGUGGACGACAAGGGGGGCGAGGGGGGGAAGAGGGUGCGGAGAAGCAUGAGGUCGUUCGGUGAGGGUGGCGGUGGUGUGGGGGCUAAGGGGCGGCAAGAGCAAGGGGGUGGUAGUGAGGAUGCUGUCGUGGAUUGGCUGCUGCUGCAACAGGCCGAUCCCAGUGCAACCUCAGCCGGUUGGUAUCGCUCUGCUGCUUCUACUGUUAUAGAUCGCCACAUUAACAGCUCCGGCAAGGAGAAAUAACACAUAAAUUGUAUGUAUUGAAUGUAGUUUUUUUCUCGUUUCCCGAACGUGUG